AUGACUAAUAUACCUAAUGCGUUUGAUCGCUUGAUGAAAACCAGGGCCAGUACCAGUAACACUGAUGGAGAAAAUGAAGAUAUUAAUAAUCCUGAUGACAGAAGUUUUGUUGAAGAAAAUUCAUCUAUGAGCCAUGGUCAAGAAGGAACACCAUAUUUCCACCAAAAUAAAAAAUCAUUUUUUCCGCCAAAUAGCCCUAAUGCUUCUAAAAUUACAAAAAAAAUUGCAGAAAUGAUUGCCAUAGACUAUCAGCCAUAUUCAAUAGUGGAAGAUCGUGGAUUUAAAAAUUUGAUGGAAACUAUUGAAUGCAGAUACCAACUUCCUACAAGAAAAUAUUUGUCUACAAAAGCGAUCCCUCRGCUUUAUUUAAAUCAAGUAUCCAAACUUAAAACAGAAAUUGAUACAGAUUUAAUUGAUGUUCAAUCAAUAUCGUUUACCUUUGAUAUUUGGACGAGUUUAUCUCAGCUGUCUUAUAUGUCACUCACCAUGCAUUAUCUCACCAAUCAUUUUGAGCUGAAAAACAAAACUUUGGGCUGUAAAUAUUUCCCAGGAGAACAUACUGGACAAACAAUAUUUCUAAAAAUUAAAAAUAUGGUUUCAGAUUGGGRCAUAGAUAUUGAAAACUUUAAUAUUCCAAUCUACAUUUUGACUGAUAAUGCUAGAAAUAUUGGCACACACACAUUGCAGUUAGCAAUUAAUGAUGCUGUAAAAGAAAAUAAUAUGGRAGAUGUUUUGAAGAAAUGUCGUUCUUUGGUCUCACAUUAUAACCACAGUGCUAAAUCAUAUGAAYGAUUAAAUGACAUCCAAACAAGAUUAAAUUUACCUCAGCAUAAACUUAUUCAAUCCAUUUAUAUUAGAUGGAACAGUAUAUAUUUAAUGCUUGAGCGUAUACUCGAACAGAAAAAUGCAAUAACAUUAGAUUUACAAAAUAUAAAAAAAAAUGGCUUUGUACCUAGAGAUUGGAAAUUAAUUGAAGGUUAUAAUACUGUAUACAUAUUAGCUACAAUUAUUGACCCGAGAUUCAAAAUUGUUAUGUUGGAACCACAUGAAGUAGAUACAGCAAAAGAUAUGUUAAAAGUAGAAGUUGAAACCCUUAGCACACCACCACCCGAUACUAUACAGGAGUAUUUAAAACUACCACUGAUAUCUCCAACAUCAAAUCCUUUAGCUUGGUGGAGCWCUAACCAAACUACAUUCCCAAAUUUAUUACCAGUUGCAAUCAAAUAUCUAGGUAUUCCUGCCACGUCAGUUUKCUCUGAACGUAUGUUCUCAAAAGCAGUACAAAUUGUUACUAAGAGAAGACAGACUUAG